CGUUAUUCAAGUACUCUCGAUAUAGUUUCUUUGCCAACAAUAGCAGCCCAUAUCAUCGGGGAAGUAUAUUACAGUAGUUUUGUAAUGAUACUUUCAAUAACCUUUGCAUAUUGUAGUAAGAUGACACGUCUUUCAAAGUUGAUAGUGUUUCUUGGUUAUUUAAGAUACAUACAAGGAUCAGCAUCGUGCAAGUCUUCGGAUGGAAAAGAAGUUGACUGGUUCAUCAUCUACAAAGUACCAAAGUUAACAAGUGAUGGGUAUCCUAUUAAAACAAGUGGAACCGAGUUUUUCUACAUGGAUACUGCUUCGCCAUCGUUUUCCUUCUCACAAAAAGAUAUCACAAAAAGUAUCGAAAACCCUUUAUAUGAGACGCUGAAGGCACUAUACGAUCAGUCUCCAGAUAUCGUAACUUAUGCAAUGUAUAAUGACCAACCACCACCCACAGUUAAAGCUGCCGAUGGUAGACACGCCCACUCCAAAGGUGUUUUGGCGUUUGACAAGACUAAGGGAUUUUGGAUUGUCUCAAGUGUACCGAGGUUUCCAUCUCCCGUUGCGAAAGGUUUCAUGUUUUCGGAUUCGCAAACAAAAUUUGGACAAAGUAUACUCUGUGUCACUGUUGCAAAAACAGUUAAGAAUAUUUUGAGUACGUUGACAAAAUUUUAA